CAGGCAGACGACGAACUGAGAGCUUGAAUCUAUUCAGACUGCGAGUUUUUCCAGCGACGGCGCCGGGCAGGAUGCUGAUAUGGUUGUGAGGGCCUGUUUCUAUCGUCCUGUCAUACAGUGAGGCAGUGAGCUCACGGUGGAUACAGCAUGCAUGUGUCGACAUAUCCCAUGAUGCACUCUGCCAGUCCAGGCCUGCUCCUCCUCAGCUUCCUUUUCCUCGCUGAUGCCGACUCACCCCCCAGGUUUACGCGAACCCCAGAAGAUCAAACAGGAGUCCAGGGGGGGGUGGCCUCCUUUGUGUGCCAGGCCACAGGGGAUCCACAGCCCAAGAUUGUGUGGAACAAGAAAGGCAAAAAAGUCAGCAACCAGAGAUUUGAGGUAAUAGAGUUUGACGACGGGUCCGGCUCGGUCCUAAGAAUCCAGCCACUGAGGACCCCCAGAGACGAGGCUAUUUACGAAUGCCAUGCCUCCAACUCUGCAGGAGAGAUCACUGCCUCCACCCGACUAAGUGUGCUACGAGAGGACCAGCUGCCCUCUGGGUUCCCCACCAUAGACAUGGGUCCCCAGUUGAAAGUGGUGGAGCGUUCUCGGACCGCCACUAUGCUCUGUGCUGCUAGUGGCAACCCUGACCCAGAAAUUACCUGGUUCAAGGAUUUCCUGCCGGUCAACACGUCCAAUAACAACGGACGAAUCAAGCAGCUCCGCUCAGGUGCCCUCCAGAUAGAGAUGAGUGAGGAGUCAGACCAGGGGAAGUAUGAGUGUGUUGCCACCAACAGCGAUGGGACACGCUAUUCCACACCAGCUAACCUCUAUGUCAGAGUGCGUCGUGUCCCCCCACGCUUCUCCAUCCCUCCAGCAGACAGCGAGAUCAUGCCAGGGGGGAACGUCAACAUCACCUGUGUGGCUGUGGGCUCCCCUAUGCCAUACGUGAAGUGGAUGCUGGGAGCAGAAGACCUGACGCCCGAGGAUGACAUGCCCAUCGGCCGCAAUGUCCUGGAACUGACCGACGUACGGCAGUCCAACAAUUACACAUGCGUCGCUAUGUCGACACUUGGCGUGAUCGAGGCGGUGGCACAGAUUAUUGUGAAAGCUCUCCCAAAGGCCCCUGGUACCCCUGUGGUGACGGAGAGAACUGCAACAAGCAUUACACUUACCUGGGAUUCUGGCAACCCUGAGCCUGUCUCCUACUAUAUCAUACAGCACCGUGCCAAAGGGUCAGAGGACCCCUAUAAAGAGAUUGAUGGCAUCGCCACAACGCGCUACAGCGUAGGCGGCCUCAGCCCAUACUCCCACUAUGACUUUCGGGUGGCGGCCGUUAACACCAUUGGCCAGGGCCCCUCCAGCGAGGUGGUGGAGGCUCGCACAGCAGAGCAGGCCCCCUCCUCGCCUCCUCGACAGGUCAGGGGUCGUAUGCUGAGCACCACAACAGCAAUCAUCCACUGGGAUGAACCAGAGGAACCUAAUGGACAGGUGGUGGGCUACAGAGUCUACUACACCUCAGACAACACGCUACCAGUCAACCAGUGGGAGAAACAGAUGGUGCGCAGCGCCAACUUCAUUACCAUCCAGGGUUUGACUCCCAACAAGACUUACUACAUCAGAGUGCUGGCCUUUACCUCUGUAGGAGACGGACCCCUGUCCCAGGACCUGCAGAUUAUAGCCAAGACUGGAGUUCCAUCCCAACCUUCAGAAUUUAAGGGUGAGGCCAAGUCUGAGACCAAUAUCCUGUUGUCCUGGGUGGCCCCACCCCAGGGUGGCCCCGACAACCAGAUCACAGGAUAUGAACUGGUCUACCGUCGAGCUGAUGACACAGAGGAGAAAAAGGUCACCUUUGAGCCGACCACCUCCUACCUGUUAAACAACCUGAAGCCUUUCUCCACCUACACCUUCCAGCUGGCUGCCAGGAGCAAGCAUGGAAUUGGGGCGUAUACCAAUGAUGUGUCCAUCGACACACCACAGACACUUCCUUCAGCUCCUCCCCAGGACAUCACAUGCACCAGUCCCAGUUCUACCAGCAUCCUGGUAAGUUGGGCUCCACCUCCUCUGGAGUUUCAGAAUGGCAUCAUUACAGGAUACUCCAUCCAGUACUCCACUACCGAGGGCAACAAAGUGUCUAAAAGAAUUGAUGGAAUUCUUCUGGGAAAUUCUCCGUAUCUCCUGGAAAACCUGGAGAAAUGGACUGAGUAUGGCAUAACGGUACGGGCGCAGACGGAAGCUGGGGAUGGACCAGAGAGUUUACAGCUGCUUAUCCGCACCGAGGAAGAUGUUCCAAGUGGUCCUCCGCGAGGUGUGGAGGCAGAGACUGUGAACGCCUCGGCCGUUAGGGUGAAAUGGCGAGCACCGGCGCCCGAACGGCAGCACGGUCAGAUCCGAGGCUACCAAGUCCACUAUGUGAGGAUGAACUACGGAGAACCUCAGGGUCAGCCUUUCAUCAAGGACAUCCUCAUAGAGGACUCUCAGUGGGGAAAUGAAGACUCAGCUGAAUAUGAGGUGGUUCUUGGAGACCUGAAGGCAGACACUGCCUACUCUGUAUCAGUGGGAGCUUACACUGCCAAGGGCGAUGGUGCUCGUAGCAAACCUGUUACUGUCUGUAGCGCCCUGCCACUGCCUGAAAAGCCCAAACUGACGGUGAGUGUCACUGAUUCAGGUACUGCUCUGCUUCAGUGGUACCCACCUCCCAACCCACCCACCCCGCUCCUGGGGUACCGCCUCACCUUCGGCCACAUCGACAUUCUUCCCUUCACGGUGGUGGAGAUCCCCACCAAGGAGAACCGCUACACCGCUCAGGACAUCCAUAAGGGAGCUAACUACGUGUUCAGACUCUCUUCCCGUAACAAAAUGGGCUACGGAGAGGAGGCUGUAAUGGAGGUGACUACUCCAGAAGAUGCCCCAAGUGGAUACCCAGAAAAUAUUAUCUUAGAAGAGUCUUCUGCCACCUCCCUCCAGCUGGCGUGGAAAUCAGUCCCACUAAUUGAGCAAAAUGGGAAAAUUAUGAAGUACUCAGUUCUGUACAAGGAUAUAAACAGUCGAGGGAAUGCCUCAGAAGUUGUGGUGCCCGCUCCAGGGUCGAGUGUUUUGUUGGAGGGUCUGAGUGCCGAUACUGUGUAUGAUGUCAGGUUGUGCGCAUUCACAGCUGUUGGCCCCGGGCCGUUUAGCCCCAGUGUCCAGUUUAGGACACAGCGGCUAGACCAAGUGUUUGCCACCAACUUCAGAGUAAAGGCUGCCAUGAAGAACUCUGUUCUGCUGUCCUGGGAGAUCAGAGACAAGAACCCUGCCCAGCCAUUCACUAUCCUGUAUGGAAAGGGCCAGUCUGUGGAAGUGGAUGGGAAACAGACUCAGAAGCUGAUCACUGGCUUAGAGGCAGACACCCAGUACUCCUUUCUGCUUACCAACCGGGCCAACAGCGCCGGGGGUCUGCAGCACCGCGUCACAGCCACCACCGCCCCGGACAUCCUAAAAACCAAACCCACGGUGGUGGGAAAGACCAACGCCGAUGGCAUGGUGACUGUGCAGCUACCGGCGGUGCAGACCACAGCCAAAGUCAGGGGUUACUAUGUGGUCGUGGUGCCACUGAAGAAGCAGAGAGGAGGGAAGUUCCUGAAUCCCUGGGAGGAGCCUGACCAGAUGAACCUGGAUGAGCUCCUGAAAGAGAUCAACAGGACUAGUGUCAGUCGUGCCCUCCGCAUCCGCAGACAGGCUGCCCAAUCAGACCCUAGGGCCUAUGUUACUGCUCACUUUAAGACCCUUCCCCUGGAGUUUACAUUAGGUGAUGGGCGAAACUAUGGCGACUUCCGCAACCGUCCACUGCAGAACGGACAGGAGUAUGUUUUCUUUGUGCUUGCGCUACUCGACCUCUCUGAGAAUACUAUGUAUGCCACUAGCCCUUAUUCUGAUCCUGUGACCUCAUCGGAUGUGGAUCCUCAGCCAAUCGUUGAUGAGGAAGAGGGCCUGUUGUGGGUGGUGGGGCCUGUGUUGGCUGUCAUCUUCAUUGUCUGCAUCGUCAUCGCCAUUCUCCUCUUCAAGAGCAAACCUGACAGGAAAAGGGCCGAGGCUGAAGGCAGGAAGAGCAGUUUCCCCUGCAGCAAAGCCAUGUCGUCCCACCAUCCCACUGAUCCUGUGGAGCUACGCCGAAUUAACUUCCAGACUCCAGCCUACCGUGUAUCAGUGUACCGCGGUUAUCGCCGUUUGUCAAGCAUGGCAAGUCACCCACCCGUCCCCAUCUCUGAGCUGGCAGAUCACACUGAGCGCCUCAAGGCAAACGACAAUCUCAAGUUCUCCCAAGAGUACGAGUCCAUCGACCCUGGUCAGCAGUUCACAUGGGAGAACUCCAACUUGGAGGUCAACAAACCAAAGAACCGCUAUGCUAACGUCAUUGCCUAUGAUCACUCUAGGGUCAUACUCUCCAGCAUUGAGGGUGUCCCAGGCAGUGACUACAUCAAUGCUAACUAUAUUGAUGGCUACCGCCGUCAGAAUGCCUAUAUCGCCACUCAGGGAUCCCUCCCUGAGACUUUUGGUGAAUUCUGGAGGAUGGUCUGGGAGCAGCACACGGCCAACAUUAUAAUGAUGACCAAGCUGGAAGAAAAGUCACGGGUGAAGUGUGAUCAGUACUGGCCAACACGGGGCACAGAGACGUACGGCCUCAUCCAGAUCACUCUGCUGGAUACAGUGGAGCUGGCCACCUACUCUGUCAGGACUUUCGCUCUUUACAAGAGUGGUUCCAAUGAGAAACGUGAGGUUCGUCAUUUUCAGUUCACCGCCUGGCCAGACCACGGGGUGCCUGAACACCCCACCCCCUUCCUGGCUUUCCUACGCAGGGUCAAGGCCUGCAACCCUCCAGAUGCCGGUCCCAUGGUCGUCCAUUGCAGUGCUGGAGUGGGUCGCACAGGCUGCUUCAUUGUGAUCGACGCCAUGGCGGAGCGGAUCAAGCACGAGAAGACCAUCGACAUCUACGGCCAUGUCACACUGAUGCGCUCCCAGAGGAACUACAUGGUCCAGACAGAGGACCAGUACAUUUUCAUUCAUGACGCACUGCUGGAGGCCGUGACCUGCGGAAACACAGAGGUCCCUGCGAGGAACCUCUACUCCUACAUCCAGAAGCUGACGCAGAUUGAACCAGGAGAGAAUGUCACCGGCAUGGAGCUGGAGUUCAAGCGUCUGGCCAGUGCCAAGGCCCACACAUCACGGUUUGUGAGUGCCAACCUGCCAUGCAACAAGUUCAAGAACCGGCUGGUGAACAUCAUGCCCUACGAGACCACACGUGUGUGUCUGCAGCCAAUCAGAGGAGUGGAGGGAUCUGACUACAUCAACGCCAGCUUCAUCGACGGAUACAGGCAGCAGAAGGCCUACAUAGCAACCCAAGGCCCGCUGGCUGAGACCACAGAGGACUACUGGAGGAUGCUAUGGGAACACAACUCCACCAUAGUUGUCAUGCUAACCAAACUGAGAGAAAUGGGACGGGAGAAGUGUCACCAGUACUGGCCCGCAGAGCGCUCAGCCAGGUACCAGUACUUUGUGGUGGAUCCCAUGGCCGAGUACAACAUGCCCCAGUACAUCCUCCGAGAGUUCAAAGUCACUGAUGCCAGGGACGGCCAAUCGCGGACAGUACGUCAGUUCCAGUUCACUGAUUGGCCAGAGCAAGGAGUGCCAAAGUCAGGAGAGGGAUUCAUUGAUUUCAUUGGCCAGGUGCACAAAACUAAAGAACAGUUUGGCCAGGAUGGGCCAAUUACUGUGCACUGCAGUGCUGGAGUAGGGAGAACCGGUGUGUUCAUCACCCUCAGCAUCGUGCUGGAGCGGAUGAGGUACGAGGGAGUGGUGGACAUCUUCCAGACUGUCAAGAUGCUGCGCACCCAGAGACCUGCCACCGUUCAGACAGAGGACCAGUACCAGUUCUGCUACCGGGCCAGUCUGGAGUACCUGGGGAGUUUUGAUCACUAUGCAACAUAAACCCGAGUGGCCGUCUCUCAUACCACAUCCCACCUAGCGCACUUUUCUUCGGUCAAAUGCGGCCUGAAAUAAUGCACUAGGCUGCGAUGUGUCUUUGAAGAUUUUUGCCACCACAUGCAGAGUGAAGGGGGACCAUCGGCUUUCCCGUUCCCAGAAACAGCACCUCUAACUGAGCCAUAGCAACCUGCUUGACAAGGGUGUUUACUUCCACCCUCAGCCCAAACACACCCAUUGGUCAGUCUGAAGAAGCAACUUCAACCACUGUUCCAAUCAGAAUACUUGAUCAAAUAUUGAUUUUUUUAUUUGUUUCAGUGCUUUUGUGAGCACCCAGAUUGCUUUACAUUGUUUGGGUGGGGAACUCUCACCUUGUCCACCACCAGUGUAGCAUCAUCACCAACCUAAAUACAGGACCCGGGUACAGUAUUUAGCUGUCACAGGAAAUUUAGAUUUUUCUAUCUUGAGGACUGUCUACAAAUCCAUCUUAUGGAAGCCUCGUGGACUGAAAGAACUGGGACAUUUAAGCACCAGAGAAGUGCCAACAGGAGACUGAAAACACAGAGCACCGUAUUAAAAAGACAAAGAACACACAUCCCAAAAAAAAAAAAAAAGACACCAAGAAGUGUUUUUUUCUGUUUUGUUUUGGAAAAAGACUCUUGUUUCUUGUGAAUGAAAAAGAAGAUAUUUCUACCAUACAGUAAUAAAAACCACCAGUUCAACCUUAUGCUUCAUGAUUUAAGAUAAGGGAAACUUAAGAGAGGUUUAGAAUGCAUACCACAAAGUAAAACAUUAAUUUAGUUUUUUAGAACAAAUAUAGAUAUGUGGCUAUCUUGUUGUUGUUUUUUAAACUGGGUAUUCUUUAUGGCACGUUCUGUUGUUUUGUUUAGUUUUUUUUUUACAGAUUUAUGACUUUGUCCUCACUGACCAUACAAAAGCAAAGUUGCAUUUUUUCCCCGUGUAAUCCAAUGAGCUGUAGCGAUUUUUUUUUUUUAAAGUGAUGCGGUUCUGUUUUAAAGUGUACAAUCAAAUUUAGUGUGGAAAAUGUUCACAAUUCUAUGAAAAACACCACUAUUGAGUGUCACUCUCCUGUAUUCUCUACCCACUCUGUUUUUAAAAACACACGUUUCGCAUGCACACAGGACUCUCAACCUCAUUUCUAUCUGGCCUGCGGUGUCAGAGAAGAUGGCCAUUUUUGAAUUCCCAGGGGCAGACAGAGAUGCAGUAUUCACCCUGCUGCUACCAGGAAGUCCCGAGAAUAAUCUCGCCAAGUUGUUCUGUGUGCAGGUCAGGAGAAAGCCAGAUAGAAUUACAGAGAGUAUGCACAGAAAGCAAAAUAUGAAAAAAAAAUAUUUAUGUGUCCAAAUAAGCUUCACAAAGAUUUCUCAAGCAGGGAGCAAGAAAGGGAUGAAGAAAACGGGGUGGAAUGGAGGGGGGAGGUCGGGGAAGGAACACUUUUCUCACUGGAAUGCUCACCUGUGACUUUUCUCUCUGAUUCAGUGUGCAAUAAGUAGAUGUAUUAUAUAUUUUUGUGUCCACUCACUAACUGCAGUUAUAUGCCAUUAUGAUGACAGUGAAAUUGAUAAUGAUGAUGCAUCAUUUUCCAGACACAAGGAUGUUACG